AAGUAGAUUUUGUUCAUCCUUUGACUAAACAACAUGUGUUUGUGAAUAAGGGUGGAGGAUGGCCUCCCUCUCCUUUCCUCCAUCUCUUCAUUCACUAUGGGUCUCUGCCUUGGUAAAUCCUCUGCUAAACUUGCGCAUGCUUCUUCUGGCCAAUUCUCAGGCGGCGGCGCGGAGGAGAAGCAAUCAGGAGUGGUAUGCAGCAGCAGCAUGUUGUUGGGUGAGAAAAGCAACCUCAAAUCCUUCGCCUUCUGUGAUCUCAAGAAUGCCACUCGCAACUUCCGCUCCGACAGCCUCCUCGGCGAGGGCGGCUUCGGCUACGUCUUCAAAGGCUGGAUUGACGACCAAACCUUCGCCCCCUGCCGCCCCGGCACCGGCCUCGUCGUUGCCGUCAAGAAGCUCAAGCCCGAGAGCGUUCAAGGCCACCGAGAAUGGCUUGCAGAAGUGAACUAUUUGGGGCUACUGCACCAUGAGAAUCUGGUGAAGUUGAUUGGGUAUUGCUCGGAGGCAGAGAAGAAGCUUCUAGUGUAUGAAUACAUGCCAAAAGGGAGCUUAGAGAAUCACUUGUUUAGAAAGGGAGUGCAGCUGAUGCCGUGGGCUACUCGGAUGAGGAUCGCGGUGGACGUGGCGAGGGGGCUGGCCUUCCUGCACAGCCUCGACGCCAAUGUCAUCUACCGAGACCUCAAGGCGUCCAACGUGCUUCUCGACUCGGAGUUCAAUGCCAAGCUGUCGGAUUUCGGCCUCGCGAGGGAGGGGCCCAAGGGGGACAGGACCCACGUUUCGACCCGGGUUGUGGGCACGAGGGGGUACGCUGCGCCCGAGUACGUGGCCACAGGCCACUUGAACCCCAAGAGCGACGUGUACAGUUUUGGAGUGGUGCUGCUGGAGCUUCUAUCUGGGAAACGGGCGGCAGGGGACGAGAACGCCGGGGGUGCGGAGGAGACGUUGGUGGACUGGACGAAGCCGUUCCUCACGGACACUAGGAAGGUGUUGAGGAUCAUGGAUUCAAGGCUGGGAGGGCAGUACUCUAAGAAGGGGGCGCAGGCGGCUGCGGCCGUGGCCUUGCGUUGCACUGACACGGAUCCCAGGAGCAGGCCAGUCAUGACGGAGGUCUUGGCCGCCCUCCUCGAAAUCCAAAAAUCCACCGCUGCUCCAAGAGCCUCAGCUCGAGCUAUGAAUCACCAGCUCAGUCCUCAUAGGAGAUUGAGGUAGCUGUUUUAUAAAUAAUAAACACACAGUAGAUGUACUAUUUUUUAUUGGUGUAUCUGGAAAUAUGUUGGGAGAUACUGUGAAUACAAUGGAGAAACCUGUUACUUUUA